GUCAACAGAUUGCCGGUAAUAGAUAUAAGAGAGGCGAACAAGAGGAGAUUAAAUGCAGUCGUAUUUUGUACGUCAUCAUGAUCACCUUGUUGCUAUUACCCUUUUUUUUACUGAGCCGAAUUUCGGUGGACAUUGAUUCCCUCCUUCAUGGUCCGGAAUACACUUACCGAGUUGAAAUAAACACCAUAAAUAAUGAUGGACUUGGUGGUGAAAUGACAAAAGCAUUCGACGUGGUCAAUACUUUAAAAUGUCGUCCCAAAGUACCGGACACGUUGAAUUGUCGUUUCGAAGCAGCCAAUAUACGAAUGUACAAGGAAGGCUUGUUCGAAUUGGCACGAUUAUCUGUCGAAGAUUUGGGAACGAAUGAUGAGACAUUCGAGAUUAAAUUCGACAAACAUGGGAUUAGCCAUUUGGUCGUAACCAAGGAUAUGGAACCCUGGACUAUCGAUAUGAUUAGAUUGAUAGUUAAUCAAUUAAACAUUGGUAUUAAUAUUAGAAAUAAACCUGAUGGCAAAUUUACGGGUAUAGAGAAAUCGUAUUUCGGGGAAUGUAAAACAAUGGUCGUGCUUGAUCAUCGUUUAUCAGAAGAUCGAUGGAAGGACGACAAAUUCGAAAUAAUACCGAUGAACAAUGGGAUUAGAAAAUUAUCCGGUGAAGUUGUCAGCAUAGAAAAAAUACGAUAUUUCGAUAAUAACGACGAAUAGAAAGUAUACUUUUUUGGUAGCUUAUCUGCUUAUUCGACGUUACCUGCUGACGUCACUACGACUAUAAAAUCAUCCCACAGCAAUAUCAUCAUAUCAGACUCGAACUUUACUUCCUAUACGACCAAUGAAAUCGUCAUCAGUAAUAAGGACAAAAGUAGAAAUUUUACCCUCAACGAGAAGAUAAAAUUGAGUUUGGAAGUAGUGUCGACAACGAAAAGUGAAUUACCUUUUAUCCCCGAUGCUACAUGGGUCAGCUUUAUGAUUCAAGAUGAUUGGUAUAAGGACGAAGAAAGAUACUUUCGUAUGAAAAAUUCUAUCUUUUCUUUUUAAGAUAUAAUAUUACCUAUUAAAGAAAUAAUUAAAUACUUGCUGAUAAUA